CAAAAAUGUAUGACUGUACACCAAUUUCAAGUUCGAUCCGUAACUUUUAUUACCAACAAUUUCACAGGAAACACCCCCAUCAUCAUAAUUUUGAGUUAAUUAUGCCGCAAAUAUAACCUUAUCAAGAUAUUAUUGGUGUAUUUUAUUAAGUGCUGAGGUUUAAGCCUCAUACUAGAAACCUAUAAAAUGAUUGGUGGUAUGUUCAUAUAUAACCAUAAAGGUGAAGUUCUCAUCUCCCGAGUUUACAGAGAUGAUAUUGGACGUAAUGCUGUGGAUGCUUUUAGAGUGAAUGUAAUUCAUGCCAGACAGCAAGUUAGAUCUCCUGUCACUAACAUAGCACGAACUAGUUUCUUUCAUGUGAAACGAUCUAACAUCUGGUUAGCUGCAGUCACCAAACAAAAUGUCAAUGCAGCCAUGGUCUUUGAAUUUCUAUUCAAAAUGGUAGAAGUUAUGCAGUCUUACUUUGGAAAAAUUUCUGAAGAUAACAUCAAAAAUAACUUUGUUUUGAUCUAUGAAAUUUUGGAUGAAAUAUUAGAUUUUGGUUAUCCCCAGAAUACAGACACUGGUAUUUUGAAAACAUUUAUUACUCAACAAGGUGUAAAAUCACAGUCCAAGGAAGAAACCGCACAGAUUACAUCCCAAGUUACAGGACAGAUUGGAUGGCGCCGUGAAGGUAUUAAAUAUCGACGCAAUGAAUUAUUCCUGGAUGUCCUGGAAUCUGUUAAUCUCUUGAUGUCUCCUCAAGGACAAGUAUUGAGUGCCCAUGUAGCUGGGCGUAUCGUUAUGAAGAGUUAUUUAAGUGGUAUGCCAGAGUGUAAAUUUGGUAUUAAUGAUAAGUUAUUGAUGGAGAGUAAAGGAAAGAGUAGUUUAGAUGAUAGUAGCCGUGGUGGAAGUUCUGCUAAAACAGCUAUUGCUAUUGAUGAUUGUCAGUUCCACCAGUGUGUUAAACUAAGUAAAUUUGAAACUGAACAUAGUAUUAGUUUUAUACCACCAGAUGGCGAGUAUGAAUUGAUGAAAUAUCGUACAACUAAAGAUAUCAGUUUACCAUUCCGUGUGAUUCCACUAGUCCGUGAAAUUGGUAGACAAAAGAUGGAAGUAAAAGUUGUAGUCAAAUCUAAUUUCAAACCUUCACUAUUGGCACAGAAAGUCGAGGUACGAAUUCCCACCCCCCUCAAUACCAGUGGAGUUCAGGUUAUCUGUAUGAAAGGAAAGGCCAAAUAUAAAGCAAGUGAAAAUGCUAUAGUUUGGAAAAUCAAGAGAAUGGGUGGUAUGAAGGAAUGUCAACUUAGUGCUGAGAUUGAACUACUAAAUACUAAUGAUAAGAAGAAAUGGACUAGACCUCCUAUAUCUAUGAACUUUGAGGUACCAUUUGCCCCAUCAGGAUUUAAAGUACGUUAUUUGAAAGUAUUUGAACCGAAGAUGAACUACAGUGAUCAUGAUGUUAUUAAGUGGGUACGAUAUAUUGGGCGUAGUGGAUUGUAUGAAACCAGAUGUUAACAUAGUUUAAUCACCAUACUGUUAAUACAGAACAACCCCUAAAACACUGCACCUUGCUGUUGAAACUCAAUUUAACCCUACCAAAGUGAUAAUAUUAGGAAACAGCACUUUAACAGCAUCUAUUUGUUAAUAAAACUUGAAACAAUGAAUUUGAGUGAGUGGCCAAUAAUAUGGGACAGAUCACUGAAAUCAUUAGUUCAUUUUGAAAUUAUAUUUAACUUUAAGAGAUAUGAAAGAUAAAUCAUUUUAAUACCGCUCAGAUCUAAAGGUCCAAGUGAUGGCUUUAUCAUUAAAUUCCUGAAAUUACACAGCUGUAACUGCUUUAGUGACUACUAGAGUAUAUGUUACUCUAUAUCUGUAUGUAAGGAUCCUCUUGGGUAACUUCCAAAAUCUAUUUCUCUUUACUAGAUGUUCUUUGGUGAUGAAUAUUGGGUCGGUUGAUUGAUUAUAGAUAGGUGAAUGUUUGCGUAAAUUUUAGAUUGAAAUAGAGAUUAUUGCAUUUGUUUUAAGUUUUGGAUUGGAGAUUAUUUUUCGUUACUAUGGUUAUGUUAUAUUAUUGGUGUCACAAUAUUAAUGUAUAAAUGUGCAGAUAUAAUGAACUUUUAGCCUUGGCUCUUAGCUGUGUAAUGUUAUCAACAUAUUGACAUGUUUUGUAGUUUAUCAUCUAUAGUUAACUUAGAAUAAUUAGAUACAAUGAUAGCAUAAGAUAAACACCUUUUUAAAUAAAUAUUCCUGUAAACAAUAGUCAAUAUGCAUGUGUCUUAAUAUAUAAAGAAACUAGAAGAUAGCAGAUAAAAUGUUGUUUUUUUUAUAUUAAAAUCAUGUAUCAGUCAGAUGUAAAUGACUUAAAAAACAUUGUCCAAACUAAUCUUGCUAUGUAAAUGCUAUGUUUUCAUUUGUAUAAGAAUAGGAAUUCAUUGUGUGGAUUGUAUUUAGUGUUCUUAUAUGCUGUCAAAUAUGGAAAGUUAAAAAGUGCUUACAUUAGAUUGACACCCAAGGCAAGGCAAGUUUCUGUACACAGUUUAAGCAUUGAUUAAGUAUAACAUUCCAUUCUAUAUAGAACAAAAUUCUUAAUGCCUUCUCAAUAUCUAAAUUUGUAUAAUAAAGAACACUCAUUAGUAACUUGAAAAAUUUAUAUCAUUGAGUAAAAUUUUGUGAAGAAUUAAGUACUUAAAUUGUUGAAUGUUCACUUCCUUGCAAAUAUAUAAUAGCUAUAUGUUCUAGAUCAUUAAAAUAUCUAUCAACCCUCAAA